AUGGAAAAAGGACAUCUUGGGUUUGUUAAGGUUAACAUGGAUGGAUUGCCAAUAGGGAGGAAAGUGCAUCUAAAUGCUCACGCUUGCUAUGAGACUUUAGCCCAAGCAUUGGAGGACAUGUUUGUUAAUCCAAUCACGGGCAUCACUUUCAUUCAUGAGUGUUCGAGUGGAGAGAGUGAGCAAGAAAGAAAGGCCUCCAAGCUUUUAAAUGGAUCAUCCGAAUUUGUGCUCACUUAUGAAGAUAAGGAGGGGGACUGGAUGCGCAUAGGAGAUGUUCCUUUGGAGUAUGCACCUUUUAUUUCAUUCUAA